UUAAGAAAAAAAUUACAUUUGUUUUAAGUCAACUUUGAAAUUUGUAAAAAAUUGAUUAGUAUUGCUCAUUUCAAGAAUAUUAACAUAUAUUAAUGUAGAUCGCAACAAAAUGCGAUCGUUAGAAAAUUUAUUGUGAAAUUUAUCAAUCCAUUUUUUUUCUUCCAAAUUACAAAAUUUUAGUUUAUAAUUAAAAAAAUUUUAUAUGAUAAAUUAACAGUUCCAUUAAUUGUGCUAUAUUUUUAUUAAAUAUUUUAAAAUUGAAACAUAAUGCAAACUACAACAAUUUGUAAAGUAAAAGCAACACCGUCAAUAUGUUUUCGUCCCAAAAGUACCAUAUCAGGACAACAGAAAUGCGAUCAAGAAAAGUCGCCAGUUAUAUCAGCAUUUCUCAUGAUCCCAUUUGAAGAAAAAAUACAUCACAGAACAAAAGUAUCAAGUACUUAUAAUAUAAAAAGUAAAAAAAUUUCGAAGCCUACAAAUGGCUUAAAAUUUCCUGAAAUGCGAAAUGGUAUUUUAUUUACAAGAUGUCAUUGUGUACAUAGAGAUGGUCUUCAAGAUUCUUGUCCAUUAAGUCAAUGUCAACAGGAAUCUAAUUGUUUGGUCAAGCCAUGGCCUAAGUGUCCACCAGCAAAAUAUUUGCAAUCUCGACAUCCAGAACAGUAUCCACCGUUCAAAUAAUGUGAGAUGCCAGAUAUAAUAGCGUAUAUAUACAAUACACAUUACACAUGAACAAAUAUCGAUUUAGAGAAACAAAAUUUAAUUUUAAAUAAUUUAUGGUAGAACAUUUAAAAGAUACAAUUAUUAUUUUUGAUCAUAUAUUAUUUUUUAAUUAAAAUAUAAUAAAAAUGGUAAAACAAUUUAUUUAUUGUCUAUAUCAUUCUAUUUAAAAUAAAGUGACAAAAGUCCUCGAAAAGCGCAGCUGUAAAAAUAUAUUAUAUCCAAAUUUUAAUUAAUGAAAAAAAAAUUUAUUAUCUCAGAGAAAAUAAUAUUUUA